UAGUGAAUGCAGGGUCCGGGGAGACAGAUAUAGUUGAAUGCAGGGUCCAGGAGACCAGAUAUAGUUUGAAAUGCUGAGUCCAGGGAGACCAGAUAUAGAUGAAUGCAGGGUCCUGGGAGACCAGAUAUAGUGGAAGCAUGGUCCCUGGGAGAGCCAAUAUAGUGAAUUCAGGGUCCGGGGAGAGCGGAUAUAGUGGAUGCAGGUCCUGGGAGAGCGGAUAUUGUGAAUACAGGGUUUGGGGAGACCGGAUACAGUGAAUUCAGGGCCCGGGGAGACCUGAUAUAAUGAAUGCAGGGUCCGGGGAGACCGGAUAUAGUGAAUGCAGGGUCCGGGGAGACCAGAUAUAGUGAAUGCAGGGUCCGGGGAGAGCAGAUAUAGUGAAUGCAAGGGUCCGG